GUGAGUGACUGAGAGAAGACUGAAGGAGAGAGAGAGAGAGAGAGAGAGAGAGAGAGAGAGAGAGAGAGAGAGAGAGCAUCUGAGAGAAAAGGUUUGCAUGCAGAUUGCCCUGGACAGCCUAGUAAAACAGCAGGAACACAUUGGAGAGCUUUUUUUCAAGUGACUUCCAUUACAAUUGCUACAGCAGAGGAGAUGCUCAUAUGAGGAGAGAAAGUGACUCAGAAUUACUCUGCAUUUUAUCACAAGAGGCUCUCUUUGUUUCUACUGAAAAACGCAGAAAUUGAGUCGAUGCAUCUUAGAGUGUCUAGUCAUGGAUGACUCUAGAGAACCUACUGAAUAGAUCUCAGUCCAACAUCAUGGUUCAGCAAAGGAGCCACAAAUACUCGUCAGUCAUGGACAGCAAUUCUACCAGAGAGGUGUUUGUGGGACUGGCAGCAGAAGAAGAUGCUGAGGUGUUUGGACACGUACCCUCCAACAAAGACCCCAACUGGUGCAAAACUCCUACUGGGCACAUCAAGAGACCAAUGAAUGCUUUUAUGGUCUGGUCACAGAUUGAGAGACGAAAGAUCAUGGAGCAGUGGCCAGACAUGCACAAUGCUGAGAUCUCAAAACGUCUUGGAAAGCGCUGGAAAUUACUGCCUGAUUAUGAGAAGAUCCCCUUCAUUAAAGAGGCAGAGAGGUUGCGCCUUAAGCACAUGGCUGACUAUCCUGACUACAAGUACCGUCCCAGGAAGAAGAGCAAGUGCUCCACCCCUGUGAAACUUGGGGAGAAGCUGUCCCUGAAAUCCAGCAGGUCCCAUUCAGGAAGAUCUACUGGGCUUUCCAGCAAAGGGCUAAAGAUUAAACCCACUUCCUCCAAGCAUAACUUAAGUGGCAAUAAAUACAAGAGCUACAUCGAGAGCAUGAGCGAUGACGACACAGUGGACUUAAACAUAGAAAGUCCUGUGAUGUUACAAGAUAACCACAACCAGACAAGUCACCUUGUCCUUCACCAGCCGGCUACCGUUCACCCUGAGCACCAGCGAGCAGUUCCUGAGCUCAGAGAGAAGGUGCCCAUCUCCCACACCAGCAGUUUCUCCUCCGACAGCGAGUGCCAGGCUCCACCAGAGUCCACAAUGAGUGAGCCACAAGGGUCGACCUGUGGUAGAUCUUCCACACCCACCUCCACCAGCUCCUCAUCUUUAGUGUCAUCAGUAUGUUCAGAUGAGGAACUGGACGAGGAACUCUUGCAUAUCAUAUCUAACAGUAUGCCUAUGGACUGCUCCACUUUGGACAAGGACUUUGAAGCAUUUCAUGCCAACUCAGGAUCUCAUUUUGACUUCCCAGAUUACUGCACUCCAGAGGUGAAUGAAAUGAUUUCUGGGGACUUGCUUGUACCCAGCAUCUCAGAUCUAGUGUUCACCUACUGAAGUCAAGUUGAGUGUUAUUGGGCCAGCAUAGCUGCCAAUUUUAAAUUAGAGAGGUCUUGAAAUGAUGUAGUCUUGGACAAUUUCUUACUCCAUGUGUUUAUUUUUCUCAAUGAAUUCCGUAAGUGCUAUUGCUUUCCUUUCCAAGCAUGUCACAUCUUGUUGGUUUAGCUAAGCGACACACAGGGCUAUGCAGAGCUGUUUACAAGAGUAAGAUGUUUAGAAUUUCUCUAACACUUUUUAGGUCAGAGGCAGCUGGGUGAAAUACUUAGUGACAAGAAAGUUUUAACAGCUGCCUUGAUAAAUGUUUUAAACAACACGUUAAUGUCUUGAAGCCUCUGAUGGGAAGCAGUCAAGCUGUGAUCAGUUCCAGACAAAGAUAGUAUCUAUUUAAUAUGCAGCACUGUCAUUUUCAUGACUGCUCAUAACAGUGUUACUUCUAAUCAUUACACAUUCAAAUGAGUUCUCCAAGAAGCUUCUGCGGACAUACUCAAAUGUAUUGCCGUCGGGAGGUCUGCUGACAGUAUCGGAGCAGAAAUAUUAUGAAAAACUGAGGUGGAAAUGAUGAAAAGGAAAUGAUGAAGCUUAUUAAAAUCUGCAGCACUUAUCAGGCACACAGUAUAGCAUUAGUAAUGCAGUGCUGACACAUAAUUCAUAUCGUAUUCUUUAAUUAGGUAAUAGCACUUUCAUCACCUUGCUAUUGUUGCAGACUUUGAGACACACGUGUGCUUUAAAAGCAGCUCUGCAUCGGCCCUGCAUGCAGGUGUUUGUGCGAGUGUCUAUGUGUGCCUGAACUGUUUGGACUGCGGAC